GUAUCGCAGCGGUUUAGCCUGAUAGGUCGAUGAACAGCGAGUAUUAUCUGGGUAAUAUAUGUACAGUCACCUCGCAAAACUCUGUACCCCCCCGGAAAUAAAUCAGCGACUGUCGCGACGCCAAAUUCACGUGCGGAUGAAGAUGAUGGACUUUUGCAUUGGAAAAGUCGUAUAUAUAUACCCACACUUGAUCCCACUCCACAGCUUCUAGCACAAAUCGGAGUUUGAGCCAACAGCAAAAAUGUACCAAUUCAAACAACUAGUCGUCCCAGACUUCCUCAACAAAAAAGCCCCUCCAAACUACAUCGCCGGUCUCGGCCGCGGCGCAACCGGCUUCACCACCCGCUCCGACAUCGGUCCCGCCCGCGAAGGCCCCACCGAAGCCGCGCUCGAAAAAGCCAAAGCCGCCGCCGAAGGCAAGGGCCCCUCCAACGGCGGCGACGAUGACGACGAUGAGCGGUUCCAAGACCCGGACAAUGAGACCGGGCUUUUCAAUGCGGCGCCCUAUGAGGCUGAUGACGAGGAGGCCGAUCGGAUCUAUGAGGAGGUCGAUGCGAAGAUGGAUGAGCGGCGACGGGCGAGGAGGGAAGCGAGGGAGCGGGAGGAGUUGGAGAAGUACCGGAAGGAACGGCCGAAGAUCCAGCAGCAGUUUGCGGAUCUUAAACGGGGGUUGGCGGCUGUGAGUGAAGAUGAAUGGGCGAGUAUACCGGACGUUGGGGAUCUGGUGAGGAAGGGGAAGCGGCAGAAGAAGUUUGCAGAUAAAUACGUGCCGGUGCCGGAUUCGGUGCUGCUUGGAGCGUCCAGCCAGUCGGCGCUGACGAAUACGUUGGAUGCGAAACAGCAGUUGUUGGGUGGGUUUGCGACACCGGCGGGCGCGAUGGACGGGACCAUGACGGAUUUCUCGCAGUUUGGGCAGGCCCGUGAUAAAGUGCUGGGACUGAAACUGGACCAGAUCUCUGACUCGGUUGCGGGGCAGAGUAUUGUCGACCCGAAGGGCUACCUCACCGACCUGAGCAGCAUCGUCGUUCAGAGCGAUGCCGAGAUCAGUGAUAUUAAAAAGGCCCGCUCGCUGCUCAGAUCCGUCACCGCCACCAACCCCAAGCACGCCCCCGGGUGGAUCGCGGCCGCGCGGUUGGAGGAAGUCGCAGGCAAACAAGGCGCAGCACGGGAAAUCAUCGCAAAAGGGUGUGAAGAAUGCCCCACAAGCGAAGACGUCUGGCUCGAAUCCGCCCGGCUAAACACAACCGACAACGCAAAGGUCAUCCUAGCCCAAGCCAUCCGGCACGUCCCCCAGUCGGUCAAGAUCUGGUCCAAAGCCUGCGACCUCGAGUCCGACCCCAAAGGCAAGAAACGCGUCCUCCGCCGCGCCCUCGAAUUCAUCCCCAACUCGGUCAAACUCUGGAAAGCAGCCGUGUCGAUGGAAGAGGAUCCGGACGACGCGCGGAUCCUCCUCUCCCGCGCCGUCGAAUGCAUCCCGCUCGCCAUCGAAUUGUGGCUCGCACUCGCCCGGCUUGAAUCCUACGAGAACGCCGUGAAAGUCAUCAACAAAGCGCGUGCCAAGAACCCCACAUCACACGAGAUCUGGCUCGCGGGCGCGAAACUCGUCGAAACGAACGGUAACACCAAAAUGGUCGACGUCAUGCUCUCCCGUGCCGUCAAAGCCCUCGCGGAAAAGGGGUCAACACUCAACCGCGAUAACUGGAUCCAGGAAGCCGAGACGGCUGAAAAGGAGGGGUAUGUCGCGACGUGCCAGGCUAUCAUCGCGGAAACGAUCGGGAUGGGCGUUGAGGACGAGGACCGGAAAUCUACUUGGAUGGAGGACGCCGAAUCGUGUAUCGCGCAUGGGAGUUAUAUCACCGCCCGCGCCAUCUACGCACACGCGCUUAAAGUGUUCCCGCACAAGAAAUCCAUCUGGCGUCGUGCGGCAUUCCUCGAGAAAUCCCAUGGCACCCGUGACUCCCUCGAGGAGAUCCUGCAACGAGCCGUGCGAUACUGCCCGCAAGCCGAGGUCCUCUGGCUCAUGGGCGCGAAGGAGAAAUGGCUCGCGGGCGACAUCCCCGCCGCGAAAGGUAUCCUCGAAGCGGCGUUCGCGGCCAACCCCAACAGCGAACAGAUCUGGCUUGCGGCGAUCAAACUGGAGGUCGAGACGGGAGAAUACGCCCGCGCACGCAUCCUCCUCGCCUCCGCCCGAGAAAAAGCAAACACCGAACGCGUGUGGAUGAAAUCAGCGGUGCUGGAACGACAGCUGGGCCAGCCCGACGCGGCCCUCACCCUCCUCGCAACAGGAAUCGCCAAAUUCCCCACCGCGCCCAAACUGUACAUGAUCAAAGGCCAGAUCGAAUCCGCGGAAAAGAACGACCCCGUCACCGCGCGCGAAACCUACACGAAAGCCAUCCGCGCCAUCCCGUCCUCCACACCCCUGUGGCUCCUCCUCUCCCGUCUCGAAGAGUCCACGCACCAACAAACCAAAGCGCGCGCCACGCUGGAGAAAGCGCGGAUCAUGAACCCCAAGAACCCGCAACUGUGGUGCGAAGCCGUCCGCGUCGAGACGCGCGCGGGCAACACGCCGAUGGCGCGUGCGUUGCUCGCCAAAGCGCUGCAGGAGUGUCCGACGUCUGGGAUGCUGUGGGCGGAAGCGAUCCUGAUGGAGCCGCGGGCGCAGCGCAAGACGCGGAGUGCGGAUGCGCUGAAGAAGUGUGAGAACGAUCCGGUUGUGGUUGUUACGGUUGCGAGGCUGUUCUGGGCGGAGAGGAAGGUGGACAAGGCGAGGAAUUGGUUUGGGAGGGCGGUGAAGACGGAUCCGGAUCUGGGGGAUUCGUGGGCUUGGUGGUAUAAAUUUGAGGGGGAGCAUGGCGAGCAGCAGCACGGUGGUGCGAACGGAGCGGGGUCAAAUGGAACGGGUGCUGCUCCGAACGGUGCGAAUGGUGCGACGACCGGGGAAAACGAGCGCCAGAAGGACGUCGUGAAAGCAUGCAUAGCCGCUGAACCUGCGCACGGGGAGAAAUGGCAGGCUGUUGCGAAGGAUCUGGCGAACGUGGGGAAGAGCAGUGAUGAGAUUUUGAGGAUUGUUGCGAGGGGGUUGGUUAACACUAUUUGAUGGCUUGUUCUGUUUUGUUAGCCGGAAUAGAUGUGAUGAUUCAUUCCCCUGUCGAAAGCCC